UGGACAUUGCGCUCACAGAUUACACAACAGCCUCGGACCUCUGCCCGGGUCUUUUGGCGCCGCAUCACCCAAUCACGUACUUGCAAAUGAUCAUCAGGCCGUUUUUCACGAAGCACAUCCCUUUCGAAAAGAUGCAUCUCACUGCAGAAGCCGUACCUGGCAUACCUAGACCAGUCUUGCGCACGGCGCUACCUGGUAAUAUCAUGUCUUGGCUGAUUGUUGCUGUGACCACGCUGCCUGGAGACGGCAACAAAGUCAGUGCAGAUCGAGCAUGUAUAAAAUCUCAAAGUAUCGCAUGUGUCGAAACUUCAAGCUCGCUCACUGGUUUACUGGCGACUUCAACUGAUCGGCCUCUUCAUCAUACGCUGGACGUCUUUCCAACAUGAAGGUCACUACAUUCUUCAAGGCAGCAUCGCUGCUGUCCGCUCUUUUCGCAUCCGCUGAUGCUCAAAUCGCCACAUAUACACACCCCGGGACUGGCAUCACAUUCAACAAGCAGACGAUCUCUACAUCUCAGACUGUUGGUGGUUUUGAAUGGGGAUUCGCUCUGCCCGGUACUGCUGGUACUGCUGAUGACGAGUACAUUGGGUAUAUCAAAGGUCCUUUGACCACCGGAAAGCAGGGAUACUCGGGAAUCAGUCACAUGGGUGCUAUGCCAAACUCCCUGUUGCUCGUAGUCUGGGCAGAGGGCACAGCUGUCAAGACCGCAUUUACUUGGGCACCCGGCUACGUUCAACCCGUGGCAUACACUGGGGGUGCUACAUUGACUCAGUUCAACGCCACAGUCACCGAGACCAGCUUCGAGCUUGUCUACCGCUGCCAGAAGUGCUGGGCAUGGGACCAGGGGGGCGCCACAAACUCUCAGAUUCCGGGCGCUAGUUCAGAGGUUCAGAUCAUUGGAUGGGCUCAGAACAAGAAGGUAUACAGUGCCUCCGACAUUGCACAGCACGACAAUGGACAAGGUAUCUUCGGUAUCCCAAUCGCUGCUGCUAGGAACGCAAAUUACGACACCUGGAAGAACUUCUGUCCAAACGGCGUUUGUGGCACCACCCCUACUUCUAGUGCCACAAGUGUCCCUACCCCAACCGGUCCAACGGCUUGUACUGGUAGUGCCGCUCCCUCUGGCUCGUACGAUUAUAUUGUCGUUGGCGGUGGCGCUGGUGGUAUUCCUGUGGCCGAUAAGCUUUCUGAGUCCGGCAAGAAGGUCUUGCUCAUCGAGAAGGGCCCGCCUUCCCUUGGUCGGUUUGGUGGCACCAUGGGGCCUGCUUGGCUCCAGGGUACCGGUCUCACUCGCUUCGACGUACCCGGUCUCUGCAAUCAGAUCUGGGUUGACUCCGCUGGCGUAGCUUGCACUGAUACCGAUCAGAUGGCUGGAUGCGUUCUCGGUGGAGGAGCUGCCGUCAAUGCAGCGCUUUGGUGGAAGCCGAACUCCGUGGAUUGGGACACCAGCUUUCCUAAUGGCUGGAAGGGCAACGACAUGAGCGCUGCUGUUGCUCGAACAUUCCAGCGCAUUCCCGGAACAGAUACUCCCUCCUCAGACGGCAAAUUAUAUAAGCAGGAAGGAUUCGACGUUCUCGCCAGCGCUCUUAGUGCAGAUGGCUGGACCAGCCUCAAGCCGAAUGACAAGCCAAACGAGAAGCAUCGCGUGUACGGUCACACUCCUUACAUGUAUGCAAACGGUCAGCGACAGGGUCCCCUCGGCACAUACAUGGUCACCGCCCUGGCACGAUCCAAUUUCAAGCUCUGGACAAACACCGCUGUCAAGCGCGUAAUCCGCACCAAUGGCAAGGCAACAGGCGUCGAGCUUGAAGGUGGAAAAGGUGGUUACUGCGGCAACGUCACGCUCAACUCUGGUGGACGUGUUAUUCUUUCCGCCGGUACUUUCGGCUCAGCCAAGCUUCUGUACCGCAGUGGCAUCGGGCCAAAGGACCAGCUCAACGUCGUCAAGGGCAGUGCUCAGGACGGAGCGACCUUCAUCCCCGAGGCCCAAUGGAUCAACCUGCCUGUUGGCCAAAACCUGUUGGACCACGUCAACACCGAUCUCGUUGUCCAGCACAAGAACGUCUCAUUCUACGACUUUUACCAGGCUUGGAGCAAUCCCAUCCAGGCUGAUAAGGAUGCGUACCUCAACAAGCGCGCGGGUAUCCUGACCCAGUCUGCUCCCAACAUCGGUCCUUUGGCCUGGGAGGUCAUCAAGGGAAGUGAUGGUUCCGAGCGCCAAUUCCAAUGGACUGCUCGUGUCGAAGGGCCCGAUGUCAACGACACUCACUCUAUGACCAUUAGCAACUACCUCGGCCGCGGAUCAACAUCGCGCGGAGUCGCAUCGAUCAAUGGCGCGCUCAACAUGCAAGUGUCCACAUCGCCCUACCUGCGCGACCAGGCCGACACCGAUGCCGUCAUCGCCAGUCUGAAGAGCAUGGUCAAGGCUCUUUCGAAGAACCCUGAGAUCGAGAUGCAAGUCCCACCUGCCGGUACCACCAUCGAGGCCUACGUCGCCAGUCUGCCCAAGACUCCUGCUGCACGCCGCGCUAACCACUGGAUCGGCACCAACAAGAUCGGCUCUGACAGCGGUCUCAGCGGCGGUACCUCUGUCGUCGACCUGAACACCAAGGUCUACGGAACAGAUAACAUUCACGUUGUUGAUGCUUCCAUCUUCCCUGCGUAAGCGAUGCACUUCUUGGCACUUGUGACACGAGCUAACACAUUACAGUCACAUCACGACCAACCCUACUUCUUACAUCGUUGCGGUCGCAGAGCAAGCUGCUGCCAAGAUCCUUGCGCUUAUGUAGAGAUCGCCGUGUCAUGGCCGGUCUGCCAUAUUCUCUGUAAAUAUUCAUCAGCAGUUCUGUAGCAUACAUCAGCUGCACACGAUAAGGCUUCACCCCAUUGCUAUCAAUUGUGCCUUUGCUUGUUUGGUUCCCGUCACUACUUCUGACGUCGGAAAGCUACGCUUAGGUCGAUGUGGAUAUCCUACAAACCCCGCAGUGCAAUAGCUGAGAGGAUUCGGCAUCUGCAAAUUUUAGCAGAUGCCAACAUCUGCUCGCAGCAAUGGCGCUCAAGUUUUUUUCCUCGCAGACGCAUUAGAUUACUAUAGCGCCGUGUAGUACCCUAUUUUGCCAC